AUGAAUGAUGAAAAAUUAAUAAUACUCGUGUCAAAAUAUGAGUGUUUAUUUGACAUAACCAAGCCAUCAUAUAGCGAUCGGAUAAUGAAAGACAAUGCAUGGGAGGAAAUUAGCAAAUGUCUCGGAAUAAGUGUGACGCAGUGCCAGGAUCGUUGGAAGAAACUGCGAGAUAACUUCAGAAAAGCGUAUUAUAACCGAAAAGGCAAGAGUGGCGAUGGUGCAACUACGUCCAAAUUGAUAAAAUUUGAAAAAGAACUUUCUUUUAUAAUACCAUUUUUUCGCAAUCGAAACCAAAUAUCUAAUGUAACAUUAUCAUCGGAUGAUUCAGAGCCUGGCACACCAAUACCACCACCAUCGACAUCAUCUAAACGUUCUGACCAUUCUGAAGUUGAAUCGCUUGCAAGUACUUCUGGCUCGAAAAAGAGACCACGCUUAAGCAAAGAUGUUGCUACGGUUUUCGAAGAGUAUCUUGAAGAAAAAAGAAAUACUACACCCCGUGACAAGGCAUUACGUAAUUUUUUUUUGUCUAUGUCAGAUACAGUGGAAACAUUCCCAAAAGAAGUCCAAGCACGAAUUAAAAGGCGCGUGUUUAACAUUGUUAAUGAAGCUGAAUUAAGUCUGUAUGAAAAUAGUACAGAUUUGAAUUAUUCUUUGUCUAUAAAUUCACCGCCAUCGACUAAUCAAUCUACUUACCUAGUGUCAAACGAAACCUAUAUUCCUCAAAACUAUCCAGAUCAGACUACUUACGGGUACAAUACCAGCACACAAAAUACAAAAUAA